CGGUUUUUUAUCAGCCUCAGCCUCGGUAUAGAGCUUUUGCUUCCAAUCCCAAAUGGUUUGUCGCAUUGAUUUGUUGGAUUUCACAAGCGAAUCCCUUUGAGAUUCUAGGGCUUCGAUCUGUCUUUGUUGGUUCAAUGAUCUAACUGCCAAUCCUCCGAACGCACCCACAAGGAAUAUGUUGAUUACAGUGUUGUUGCUCGCUGCUCUGUUCGCAAAUUCCAAAGCCUUCGUAGCCAAUUCCAUCUCUCUACAACACAAACAUCCACAGAAAAAUGAACUCUACAAUCUGGAGAUAUCCCAUAUUCAAGUAACAAAGAGCAAAGUCAAAAGAAGCAAUCACAAAUUCGGUAGCAAAGUCAAGAAGCAAUCACAAAUUCAGUAAAGAAGUCGUCGAUCAGCAAGAAGAGGAGGGAGAGGGAAGACUCAAGAACCUUAAAAUGAAUAAGAUGCUUACCUACUUAACUCUUGAUCGAUCAGCAAGAACAGGAGGGAGAGGGAAGUCGCAUACUCGCACGCAGUAAAAAAAAACGUUGAAACUUGAAAGUCGGUAGUUCCGAGUUUCGAUUAGGUUAGAUCGGGAAAGAAUGUCCAUAUAUCGGGCUAAUAAUAGUGGGCUGGCCCAAAAGAAAAAUGUAAAAGUCAGACCCAGAUGUCUCGCGUGCUCUGAGCCUCCGACUUUUUUUUCAUCUGAAGAAUAUUCAGAAUAAAAUUAGCAGAAGAAAACUUGAAAUCACAAACCGAAAGAAUCAAUCAGCCAUGGAAGAAUGCAAUGAAUCGGAGCAGGUUUCUGAUCAUUUUAUAUGUGCCGUUUGCUUAGACAUUCUGUACAAACCCAUUGUUUUAGUUUGUGGCCAUGUCACCUGUUUCUGGUGUUGCCACCACUCCAUGGAUAUGAGAGGUCAAUCUCAUUGUCCAUUAUGUAGGCACCCAUAUCGUCAUUUUCCAGCCAUCUGUCAGAUGCUAGACACCUUUCUCAACAAGAUGUAUCCAAUCUCUUAUGAUAGAAGGAAAACGCAAACACUUGAGGAUGAACGACAAGGCUCAGUAGGCUUUGCUACAGAUAUAGACUCUGUUGUUACUGGUGAAGAAUUAGAUAAUUUGUUGAUAAAUCCUUCUACUGAAGAAAAGAAAUCUGUUGAUGGAAGUUCUGCUGGAAACUGUCAGCAAGUAACAGUUGCUGAUAUGCUUUGUUCUGCAUGCAAGCAGCUGCUAUUUCGACCUGUUGCUCUUAAUUGUGGUCAUGUUUACUGUGAGGCCUGCAUCAGUGUCCCAGAGGAUAAAGUAAUUAAAUGUCAAGUUUGUGAAUGUAAUCAUCCGAGUGGAUUUCCAAAAGUCUCCAAACAGCUUGAUUAUUUCCUAGAGGAACAUUUUUCUUCAGAGUAUGCACAUAGAAAAAGCAGUAUGCAGCAAACUCAAAAUGGAAAUUCAUUGACAAGUUCAUCAGCAGCAGCCGAUGCUGAAGCUUCCAAGUUUCCAUAUCCAACAGAAGAGAAUUUCCUUCAAUGGUGGACUGCUCAUGGCUCAAAAUUUCAUCCUGGGUUUGGUUGUGACAGGUGUGGGAUGUGUCCAAUAAUUGGGGAAAGAUAUCGAUGUAAAGACUGCAAGGAAAAAAGUGGUUAUGAUUUAUGUGGAGAUUGCCACAAAACAGGCUCAAAGCUUCCAGGCAGAGUCGCAAUGAAACACCUUUAUGAAAAUUUGUUGUAUACUUGAACUUCGGCCAUCUGAUCGCAACUACACUAGCCGUUUUGCCAAACCAUUAACCACAUUCUUUGGUGUUUAAAUGAAAAUUGUUACCUUGGUUUUUGUAAUUAUUCGGAUUUCGUAUCGCUUGUGCAUUACUAUAAACAUUCUGAAAAUUAGGUAGUGUUUUGUAUGAUGGAAUUUGAACUUGUUUAUUUAUUUAUUAAUUUUUUUGUGUGAUAAAAUACUAAAGGAAUAUCAACGGAUUGGAUUCCGUAGCAAGAGGACAACUUUUUUCUCAUACCAACAUGGAUGGUUAACCUAACCAAAAUUGUAAUUCGGAAGGUUAAUCAAAACUAUCGGUUGGUUAAUUUCUUGAAACUAAAUUUAAAUCAAAACUAUCG